AUGAAGGGGCCAUACCAGCUGACUGUGCAGCGCAGGAGAGAGCUUUCAGCAGCACUCCGUGCUGCAGAUCUCGAGCCCUUGCAGCAGCAGCAGCAGCAGCAGCAGCAGCAACAGCAGCAGCAGCAGCAGGUGCAGCAGUUGACAGAGGUUGUUACAGUAGGCGUACAGACAGACGGUGAACCGGCACAUGCCGAGGCCGCUCCAGAAAAGCAGCAACAGCAGCAGCAGCAGCAGCAGCAGCAGAAGCAGCAGCAGCAGCAGCAGCAGGAGCUCGAGCAGCUGCAGCAGGAGCUUGGGCAGCUGCAGCAGCAGCUGCAGCAGCUGAAUCAACUGCAGCAAGAAUGGCAGCAAAAGGAACAGGAGUGGCAGAUACAGCACGAAGAGCUCAGCAAGGCUAAGGAAGCAGAAAGAGAACGGGCAGAGACGGUGCAGCGGGAGCUGGGUGCAACACGAGUGUUGCUGCUGGAGACACAGGAAGCAGAGCAGCAGCUGCAGCAGCACAUGGAGAAGGAGCAGCAGCAGCUGCAGCAGCAGCUGCAGCAGCAGAGGGAGAAGGAGCAGCAGCAGCUGGAGUUGCAGCGACAAGAGCUGCAGCAGCUGCAGCGCCAACUCGAAGCAGCAGAUUCGGAGCUGCAGCAGCAGAAGAAACACUAUGAGGCGCUCCUCGCGACGCACAACAACCGUGCAGCAGCAGAAGCAGCAGCAGCAGCAGCAGCAGCAGCAGCAGCACAUGCGCAGCAGUCGCGUGAGCUGCAGAUGGCCUCUGUGGCUGUCCAGACAACGCUUGAGCUGCAGCAGCAGCAGCAGCUUGAGCAGCAGCAGCAAGAGACCCAGACAGAGCUGUCGCUGCUGGAGCCGUUGCUGCAGCAACAACUCGCUCUGCAGCAGCAGCAGCAGCAGCAGCCAGCAAGUGCUGCAGCAGCAGCAGCAGCAGGAUCAACAAAGCCCAGGACUUGUGACGCAGAGACCCAAACAGCUCUGCUGCAGCACCGCAGCGUGAAGAUCCAACGCAGGUAA